AUGGACGACGACGACGACGAUGCUUUCGACUUCGACGACAUGAUCGAUCGCCAGGACGACGUCGACGUGCCGUUCGUCGACGCGAACGACGAGGUUGACACGUUGGGUGGGAUUGGAAAAGAUGACGAUGAUUUCAACGGAUUCUUUCCCGACGACGAUCUCGACCGCGACGAAGGGUCGCGAGAGAACGAUCGAUCGGCGGUGAACGCGAUCGGUGCGGAUCCGAGCUCGAUGUCGGCGGCGAAGAGACGUAAGACGGUCGAGGAAUCGACGGCGACGGAGAACGGGUCGGACCGAGGCGAGCGGCGGGCGGAGAAGAGGACGACGAUCGAUCUGGACGCGUACGUGCGAGAGAUGGCGGCGGAGACGAGCGCGCGAGGCCUGGGGGCGAUGGGUCGAGGGAGUAAGACGAAGCUGCGAUCGCGAGCGCGGAACGAGGGGUUCAAGGCGAACGCGGUGGACGUAGAAGGCGAGUGCGUUGGCGUCACGCUGGGGGAUGGACGAAGGGUUUACGCGAAAAUGGAGCCCAGAGACACGCCGUUGGUGCCCGAGGAGGAGAUUUACGGCAGAGGAGGUGAUCCUGGGGUGUCACUGUUGUCGCGCCCGAUCGAGGACAUGUUGGACGAGUACGAGGACGAGCGGAAUCGCACGGCGCGAGAGGCGGCGCUGAGGGAGGACGAGGACGCGGACAUCGACAUGAGCGCGAUGGGGGCGGCGUCAAGAGAGCCACAGACAGCGGGACAGCGUAUGGCGGAGCGUCUACGCGGGCAGCUGCGCGGGGCGCUGUGGACGCAGAAGCACACUCCGCGAAAUUUCACCGACCUCUUGAGCUCCGAGUAUGUUAAUCGAGAGGUUGUGCACUGGAUUAAAGGUUGGGAUAAGGUGGUAUUCGGUCGGGACCCGCCGCCGGCAACGAUGAAGAAAUUCUAUUCGGAUCGAUACGCCGAGAGGAACGGUUUGAAGAAGAGGGGGCCUCUGAAGAGCGAGGACACGCACGUGCAGCUUGACGCCACGAAGCGACCAAUGGAGAAGAUUCUUCUCAUCUCCGGUCCGCCGGGAGUCGGGAAGACUACGCUCGCGCAUAUAGCGGCUAAACACUGCGGUUACGAAGUGGUAGAGAUAAACGCCUCGGAUGAUCGAAGCGCAUCAAAGUUAAAAGUGAAAUUGGCCGACGCUUUGCAUUCGUGUUCUGCGUUUGUGCAGCAGAAGCCCAAGUGUGUCAUUAUCGAUGAAAUCGACGGUGUGCACAAUGCCGGGGGUGAUCGAGGCGCAAUCUACGCCGUGUUGAACGCGCUCAAGAGCCAAAAGGGAGGCGCGCCGUUGAGUCGACCAAUCAUCGCCAUUUGCAACGAUUUGUAUUGCACAUCGCUUCGGCCACUUCGAGAUGUGGCCAAGGUGAUUCGAGUCAAGCCACCACCAAAUGCAACGCUCAACGGGCGCAUCAGAGAGAUCUGCGCCAAAGAAAACGUCGAUGUCGAACCACGCGCUGUGGCUCUCGUUGCCGAACGGGUCAAUAACGACAUUCGAUCUGCAUUGCAUACGAUUCAACUCAUCGCGAAGACUAGCUCAAAGGUCACGCUUCGAGAGGUGGCUCAUGCCGGAGCGGGCGAGAAGGACAAUAAGCCUCAAGCGUUGACGGUUUGGCAAGAUUGCUUACGUGGACGUCACACCUUUCCGAAGUCUCGCCUCGAAUCUGAGACCGGAUCGAAUCCACACAUGGCGAAGAUGCGCGAGAAGAUUGAAGUCUUUCAAGACAACGAUGCGGUGUUUGAUGGAAUGUUUGAAAACAUUCCAAAGGUUCGCUUCCAAGACGGCACAAUGAGGCGCAUGACGCAAGCCAUGAACGCCGUCCUCGACGGUGUGAUGUUUCAAACAAAGUCUUUCACCGCGGGAGAUCAUACACUGCGUCAAUACGCCGAGACGUGUGCUCUGACUGUGCACUCAUGCGCUUCGCAUGCAGAUGCGCUUGGGGACGACUUCGUGUGGCCGAAGAGUGGACGCGCAGCAAAGGAGCGAAACGCCCGAAUGGCCACCCUCAGUGCUCGACGCUCAGCGCUCGACGGAAAGAUUGCGCGUUGUUCACUUGUGUCGGACGUCACUGAAACGCUUCCUUACCUGAACUCCAUCCUUGCUCCGGAACUGCGAUCCGUGGGCACGACGUUCAUGACGAGCGAUGAAAAGGCCACGCUCGACCGUCUUGUGGGAUUGAUAGUAUCCGCUAACACGUUGGUUUUAGAUCCUCCGGUGGACGAGUUCGUCAAAUUUGGUGCCGGCGUUGACGCCAUGAAAACUUUGGACAGACUCUCGUGGCGGGAGCAGCGCGAGCGAGACGAAGCGCCCCCCACCGCGCCUCAACACCUCGACCUCGUGCCGAGACGCGCAGUGAACAACAGUCUGCGGUCGAUCAUCGCCACCGCGAUCGUCAUCAGCGCAGAUCGUUCUUCCCCAGCCGAGGCUUCCGCGGAGGCCGCGCGUCUCAAAUCCGAGCGCAAGGCGCGCGUGGCCCUCGGCGUCGCCGGCGGCAAUCUCAACCGCGCCCGCAAAAUCCGCGCCGGGGACGAUGACGUCGGUACGGUGUACAAAUACAACGAGGGUCACACCACGGGGGUUCGUCGCGCCGUACUCAUGCGUCACCUCUUCCCAGAGCUCAAGAGCGCCUCCGUGUAG